AUGCCUUCGCCCUUGGUAAAGACUACGAUCCAGGCCUGCGUAAUGGCAGUGGUCAGCAACUUGACUGCCCAAUUCAUCACCGCAUAUAAAACGAAGAGCGACUACACCAUCAACUGGACACCCGUCCUACAGUUCAUCAUUUUCACCGCCUUGAAUACCCCGCCAAACUUCCUUUGGCAAUCUUUCCUCGAAUCUACCUUCCCCUCGCACACCCUAGUCCCUUCCACCUCUGCAACCACCGCCGCCGUAACCAAUAACGAAAAGGCCCUCGAUAAUUCUCAAAAGGCCCACUCAGCCCUCGAACCCAAACUCUCCAUCCCCAAUACCCUCAUAAAGUUCUCGCUCGACCAGUCACUUGGUGCUGCUGUCAACACUGUGCUAUUCUGUCUGGCAAUCGCGGGGUUUAAGGGUGCGACGUUUCAACAAGCAAUAGGAAGUGCCAGGGAAGAAUUUUGGCCGAUUAUGAGUGCAGGUUGGACGCUGUGGCCGCUUGUUAGUGCGGUUAAUUAUACAUUGGUGAGGAGUGUGGAGGGUAGGAGUCUUGUGGGGGGGCUGGCGGGGAUGGGAUGGGGGGUUUAUUUGAGUUUGGUUACGAACUAG